AUGAAUUACGAGCCGGAAGUGGGCGCAGUAUUAAUGGCGUCGUCGUCGAUUAUACAGCUAUUAACAUCACCUGGCCAUCGAAUAGUAGCAUGGAUUCACAUAGAUCGCCAAAUGAUCCUAACGAUCCAUCGGCACGUCAUCACCCGCUUGGCUCGCUUCAGCGUGUCGCACGACAACGCUAUGACGUGGCUGUUGCACGUUAGCCAAGUUCAACAGGAAGACCGAGGGUACUACAUGUGCCAAGUUAACACGAACCCGAUGAUCAGCCAAGUAGGAUAUCUACAAGUCGUCGUUCCUCCGAACAUUCUGGACGAAGAGAGCACGCAGUCUGCGGUAGCAGUGCGGGAGAACCAGAACAUCAGCCUGGUGUGCAAGGCUGACGGGUUUCCCACUCCUAAGAUCAUGUGGAGACGAGAAGACGGCCAACCGAUAUCCGUUGACAGGAGAAAGAAAGUGACGGUGUACGAGGGCGACACGCUGUCCCUGCAACGCAUCAGCCGCACCGAAAUGGGCGCCUACCUCUGCAUCGCCACCAAUGCGGUGCCGCCAUCUGUCUCCAAAAGGAUUAUCGUGGAUGUUGAAUGUAAGUACUGA